AGCUUACGUUUUUUUGUUGUUUUAUAGGAAUACAAUGCGAGUAUAGAGUUUUACUGGGCACCGUUUAUUGUGGAAUCGAACACGGAUUUGCCUGUGAUUUUGGAUAUGAAGAAGAGGGUAGUAAAAGUGGAUUCAGUGGAAGAUCGAUCAAAGUAUUGGGAAGGAGCUGAUAUUCUAGUUUUCAACACAUAUGUUUGGUGGAUGAGUGGACUCAGAAUGAAAGCUUUGUGGGGUUCAUUUGGAAAUGGAGAGAGCGGUGCGGAGGCAUUAGACACACCAGUGGCUUACAGGUUAGGGCUCAAGACAUGGGCUAAUUGGGUUGACUCUACCGUUGACUCUAACAAGACCAAAGUCUUCUUCACUACCAUGUCCCCUACUCAUACUAGAAGUGCGGAUUGGGGGAAGCCAAACGGGACGAAGUGUUUCAACGAGACAGAGCCAGUAAAAGAUAAGAGGUUUUGGGGAACUGGGUCGAACAAGCAGAUGAUGAAAGUGGUGUCAAGCGUCGUGAAGCACAUGGCCACGCACGUGACUGUCAUUAACAUCACGCAGCUCUCGGAGUACCGCAUCGACGCCCACACAUCGGUCUACACGGAGACUGGGGGAAAGAUGCUAACGGCUGAGCAGAGAGCUGAUCCAAUGCGUAACGCUGAUUGCAUACAUUGGUGCCUCCCUGGAUUGCCCGAUACGUGGAAUCGGAUCCUAUUGGCUCAUUUGUAAACAAAUAAAAAGCUAGGAAACAUGCAUGUACGUACUAAGGAUGGAUGUAACGGGAAAACCCAACUCCUCUCUCUCGCUCUUGUGUUGUCAUCAGUAUUUUUUUUUGAAUAUAUGUGAUUGUAACGUUGUAAACAUAAACAAGAGGUGGAGAAAACUGAAAAGAAAAGGAACAAAAAUUUGUUAUUGCAAGAAAUUUGUUCAUUCCUGUCCUAAA